CCUGCUAGGACAGGGGGAAAUCCUGCCCUGUGACGCUGCCAUACUAGCAAUGGAGAAGGAGCAGGACAUCCAGCCUGGCAGGGACAGACACAAGACCAAACGAGGCCCUUCUGUUUCCAGUGAGAGCACCGGCAAAGACGAUCGACUCUCACCCCUCUGCUUUCCACAGAAACUUUGGAAAAUGCUGGAAAGUGACCAAUUCCGGUCCAUUUGGUGGAGUGACAGUGGAAAAUGUGUUGCAAUCAAUGAAGAACUCUUCAAAGAGGAGGUGCUGGGCACGGGAAGACUUCAACGGGUUUUUUACACGCAGAGAAUCAAGAGUGUUAUUCGCCAGCUGCACAUCUAUGGAUUCACCAAAAUGCAGCAGAAUGACCAGAGAUCUGCCUCCCUGCCUGAAUUCCUGGCAGAGGAAGCAGCAGUUUCUGCUCACAGCCAGGAAGAUCCAUCUCUGGAGAGAAACUUCAAAGGCCACAGAGAUGCUGUCACUAGCGUGGACUUCAGUCUCAAUAAGAAACAAUUGGCAAGUGGCUCUAUGGAUUCGUGCCUGAUGAUCUGGAGCAUGAAACCUCAGAUGAGAGCCUAUCGCUUUGUGGGCCACAAAGAUGCAGUGAUGUGUGUCCAGUUUUCACCUUCUGGUCACCUGGUGGCUUCAGGUUCCAGAGACAAAACAGUCCGUUUAUGGAUCCCUAGUCUCAAAGGAGAAUCGACUGUGUUCAAGGCUCACACGGCAACCGUAAGAAGUGUUAAUUUCUCCAGUGAUGGCCAGUCCAUAGUUACAGCUUCUGAUGACAAAACAGUCAAAGUGUGGACGGUUCACAGGCAGAAGUUUCUGUUCUCACUGAGUCAGCACAUCAACUGGGUUCGCUGUGCCAGGUUCUCUCCUGAUGGACGAUUGAUAGUGUCAUCUAGUGAUGAUAAAACUGUCAAGCUGUGGGAUAAGACCAGCAGAGAAUGUAUCCACUCCUUCUGCGAGCACGCGGGGUUUGUGAAUCACGUGGAUUUUCAUCCCAGCGGGACGUGCAUCGCCGCGGCUGGGACGGACAGCACGGUCAAGCUGUGGGACGUCAGGAUGAACAGGCUGCUCCAACACUACCAAGUGCACAGCUCUGUGGUCAACAGUCUUUCCUUUCACCCCUCUGGAAACUAUCUGGUUACUGCUUCCAAUGAUUCAACUCUUAAAAUUCUGGACUUGCUAGAAGGAAGACUUCUGUACACUCUGCAUGGUCACCAGGGCCCAGCCACCUGUGUAGCUUUUUCAAGAUCUGGAGACUCAUUUGCUUCUGGAGGGUCUGAUGAACAGGUGAUGGUGUGGAAGACCAACUUCGAUACAGAUUAUGGUGAUGCACUGAAAACACAGAAGUCUGGCAGUACUGUGGAUGGGUCCCAUCACACUGGGUCAGAAAUGGAUAGUGGUAUUCAUCAUAAGAAAACAAAAACCCAGGAUUCUGGUAGGAACCACGAGCAGCAAGAGGUGGAGGCCAGUCUUGCGAAUACCCUGGAGCAUAUUAUGGGACAGCUGGAUGUUCUGACUCAGACAGUUUCCAUCCUGGAGCAGAGGCUGACGCUCACUGAAGACAAGCUGAAGGAAUGUCUUGAGAAUCAGCAGAAAAUCAUUCAGAACAAAACGAACUGAUUUCCUGAGAGAAGUGGUAUUGGGAGGUUUGAGGUUGUUUGUGUUCCCAACAGACUGUGUGUGACUUGCUUUAGCAAUUUUGAGCACAAUCUAUUUUUCACUUGAAAUGUAUAGUUAUUGUAUCUGUAAAUAGCUUUGUUACUUUACUAAAAUAAAAGGAAUAUUUUAUUCAUAA